GCAGGUCUUAAUUUUAGUUUGGGGGACAGGGCCGCCAUUUUUGAUGACGUAGAACACACGAUGCUGCAUCGCGUUGACCCGUGUUUGAAGUGAAGUACACUGUAAAGCGGUGCAGAGUGUGAGUUUAACCUGCGUGUGAGACAUGACGUCUAGUCGUCUAGGCUUCCUGCGUCCGUUGCUCUACUACAUCAGAAGCCCUGUUGUGAGCAGCGCGCGAGUGCCUCCUCUCACUCAACAUCUCUGCCCCCAUGUUGUCGUCUCUCCACCUUGUUACGCCCGCCAUUACGCUACGAAGAAAAGUAAAGCCAAAGCGAAGAGCCAGACUGGUAAAGUGAGCAUCAACGCCGCCCUGGUGGAGAAUAUCAUCAGCCUGGACGAGGUGAAGGAAGACAUGGCUGCCGUGCUGGCUACGCUGAAGGAUGACUUCAGCCGAAACCUGGGCAUCAGAACCUCGCCAGGUGCGCUGGACCACAUCACCGUGAGCACCAAGGACGGUAAAUUCCCUCUGAACCAACUCGGACAGAUCUCCAUGAAAUCUCCACAGCUCAUCAUCAUCAACAUGGCCAGCUACCCCGAGGCCACAGCAGCAGCCACCCGUGCUCUACAGGAGAGCAGCAUGAAGCUGAACCCAGAGGUGGAUGGAACCAUCAUCAAGGUCCCCAUUCCCAAGGUGACUCGGGAACACAGGGAGAACCUAACCAAGCUGGCAAAGCAGUUUAGCAACAAGGCCAAGGAGUCGGUGAGGAGGGUCCGCUCCAACGCCCUGGCGCAGGUGAAGAGGAGUAAAGAGGGCGUGUCCGAGGACACCAUCCACCUGAUAGAAAAGCAGGUUCAGCAGAUGGCGGACGCUUUCGCAGCAGACAUCGACAAACAACUCGCCUCGAAAACCAAAGAGCUCCUGGGCUGACACGGACUCCGUAACGAAGCUCUCCAACGUCGUUUAUUUCGGGUGUCAUUUCAGGAGUCGGAAGCCGGACAUCCUGAAAAAAUCGAGCGGAACUUUUUUUUUUUUUUUUUUUUUUUUUUUUUUAUAUAACACACCCCACCCCCCCACCCCACCCCCCCCGUCAAACUAAACAUCCCGUAACCGGCGCGGUGAUUAAACCGGACUGUAGAAGGCAGCGAUUGGGGCGUUGUUUGUUUGUGUGUUUUUUAAUCGCGUGUAAACAAACGUCGCCAUGGCACGGCAGCGGCUGUCGGAGGCCACGCCCAUCCUCUCAUCCUCACAUCCUCAAACAAACAGCCGGGAGGACAGAUGAAGUUUUAAUGUGGUUCUGGGGUUCCUCCCUGCUAAUCAGAGCGAUGCCACACGGCCGCGUUUACGUAAGAAAGUGUAAACUCGUCAGUCUUUACAGGACGGCGCUCGUAAUAAACCGUUUGUUUCCCUACAUAGCUGCUGUUUUGUUUUUGUUUUUUAAAUAAAAUACGGAGAUUUUUUGCUACCA